AUGGGUCAACUACCGGCAUCAAGGGUCAAUCCAGCCAGACCUUUCUUACACUCAGGACUUGAUUAUGCCGGACCCAUAACUAUCAAAACCUGGAAAGGGCGGGCGGCUCGCACGUAUAAAGGCUAUCUCUCCAUUUUCAUUUGUUUAGCUACAUCCGCAGUCCACAUUGAGGUAGUUACUGAGUACACUACAGAGGCCUUUAUCGCUGCUUAUAAGAGGUUUACGGGUUGCAGAGGCAUUUGUGCAACCCUACAAAGCGAUUGCGGUACCAAUUUUGUGGGUGCUGACAAAGCCUUACGCCAACGUUUUUCUUCCACUUCGAAUGAACUACAUGAGCUAGCCCAAAUUAUUGCAAAUGAUGGUACUAAGUGGCGAUUCAAUCCUCCAUCCGCGCCCCAUUUUGGAGGGAAAUGGGAAGCAGCGGUAAAGUCAACCAAGUUCCAUCUUUUACGUACACUUGGAGAUUCAACGUUGACUUACGAAGAACUCACAACAGUGAUCGUACAAAUUGAGGCCAUUCUUAAUUCCCGUCCACUAUGCCCGCUCUCCGAGGACGUAAGUGAUUGUUCGGCUCUAACUCCCGGCCACUUCUUAAUAGGUGAAGCACCUACUACUAUACCGGAGCCGAACCUUUCAGAUAUUUCGGUUUCACGAUUAUCACGGUGGCAGCUUCUGGGACAGAAGGUGGACCAUUUUUGGAGACGUUGGUCAACAGAAUGUCUUCAGAGAUAUCAGGCAGUCUCCAAGUGGCAUCAUCCACACAACCAAAUUCAGGAGGGAACCAUGGUGCUGGUGACAGAUGAGCGUUAUUCACCUGCGAAGUGGCCUCUGGCCAGAGUCGUUGAAUUACAUAAGGGCCCCGAUGGUCUGACCAGGGUGGUGACGCUCCGCACCGCAACUUCAACCUACCGGAGACCUGUG